UUUCUUUUUCGUAGUAUAGCAUGCCAUCUUCAAGCGAAAACAUCCCAAAGAGCCUCAACGGAUGGGCUUCCACCGGAAAGGGUAAACAAUUAGAAAACUUGGAGCUUCCUCUUAAGACUUUCCAAGACGACGAUGUUGAUAUGAGAAUCACUCACUGUGGUAUUUGUGGUAGUGAUAUCCAUACUAUCGACUCUGGCUGGGGUCCAACCAACUAUCCUUGUGUUGUCGGACACGAGAUCACUGGUGUUUGCACAGCUGUUGGAAAGAACGUUACUCACAUCAAGGUUGGUGAUCGUAUUGGUGUUGGUGCUCAAUCAGGUUCUUGCGGAGAGUGUGAUGACUGCAAGAGCGGUCACGAAAACACUUGCUCUUCCGGCAAAGCUACCUUCACCUACAACUCCAAGUGGCCCACUGGUGAAGAAGCGUAUGGUGGUUAUGCAGACAAGUGGAGAGGUCAUAGCCGCUUCGUUUUCAAGAUCCCCGAAAACAUGUCUAAUGAAAUCGCUGCCACUUUCUUCUGCGCUGGUGUCACUACUUAUGCCCCUCUCAAGCGCUAUGGUGUUACCAAGGGUUCCAAGGUUGGCGUCAUUGGUAUUGGUGGUUUGGGACAUUUCGCCGUCCAAUGGGCCAAGGCUAUGGGCGCUGAAGUCGUUGCUCUCUCUCACUCAGACAAGAAGCGCGAAGAUGCUGCUAAGCUUGGUUGCUCCGAUUAUGUCGUUACUUCCAACAAAGAUGAAAUGAAGCAACACAACUCCACCUUGACCCAUAUCAUCUGCACUGCAUACAGCAGUCACUUCGACUGGCCUGCCAACUUGAAUCUUCUCAAGACCAACGGAACUUUCAUUUUGGUUGGUUUGCCUGAAGCUCCUCUUGCCGGUAUCCCUGCCGGUCUCUUGGCUGUUAGACAAAUCACCUUGUGCGGCUCCAUCAUUGGCUCUCCUUCCGAUAUUCAGGAGAUGCUUGAGUUUGCCGAUAAGACCGGCGUCAAGCCCUGGAUUCAAAAGUAUCCCAUGAGCGAGGUCAACAAGGCCAUUGAAGAUUUCCGUGAAGGCAAACCUCGCUACAGAUUUGUUCUCGAGAACUAAAUAUCCAUUUCGUCUCAUUCAUACAAGACAUUGCUCUUAUUGUAGUAAAUCCAACAACACUUUAAGAUUGUAUAAAAAAUCCCUCGCACUAGGCAUUUCUCUAGCUCUAGGCUAAGACACAUAGAAUAAACACAUUUGCGCACUGAGAUUAUUUCUCCUAAACCAUCUUGUUUGAUGAAGAAGUGCAUUCAAUCCUAUAAAAA